AAAUCAAAAGGGCUAAAAAGAAUGCAGACUUUAUCGAUAACUUUCUCCAACUGUGCCCUGCUCCUUAGAAGAAACCCUGUCCGAAACAGAGACAGAAACAGAGUUAAUCUGAGUGUCAUCUCUUCUCCUUCUUCUUCUGCUCCAACUCUUAUUUGCCGAUCAAAAUCGAAAUCGCAAACAGACAGCUUAAGAGUGUUGGAAUGGGACAAGCUCUGCGACGUCGUCGCUUCUUUUGCUCGUUCUUCUUUAGGUCGCCAAGUCACAAAGAAAAAGCUUUGGUCUCUAGAUCAGAGUUUCGAUGAAAGCUUAAAGCUUUUGGAAGAAACAGAGGCCGCCAUUAAAAUGCUUGAACAUGGUUCCUUCUGUCUCGACCUCUCCACCAUUCAAAUCUCCCUGGUUGAGUUGGGCAUACGUAAUGCUAAGAGGAAGAUGUCUUUGCGAGCAGACCAAGCACUUGAGGUGGCUUCUCUUCUUCGCUUCUUCGACAAUCUGCAGCUUGGUCUCAAAUCUGCUAUUAAGCAAGAUGGAGAUUGGUACAAACGGUUCAUGCCUAUAUCUGAAAUGAUAAUGCUACCUGUUAUCAAUAGACCAUUCAUCAAGUUGGUUGAAGAAAUUAUAGAUAUUGAUGGAAAAAUCAAAGAUUCUGCGAGUAAUGAUCUUAGACUAUCACGUGAACGAGUCCGGACACUUGAAAGAAAGGUGCAACAAAUGUUGGAAGCUAUUGUAAGGAACCAGAAGGCUAAUGAAUCUAAAAUGGUUGUAGCUGAGAUUGGCAGAAGAUGGUGUAUACAAACAAGCUCUAGUAAGCUAACUUCUGUUGAUGGUCUUCUGCUUUCCAGUGGUUCAGGUGGAGGAACUGCUACUGAGCCACUAGCUGCGGUCUCUAUGAACGAUGAACUCCAAAGUGCGAGAGCAUCAGUUGCACGGGCUGAGGCAGAUAUUCUCUCAAUGCUAACUGCAAAGAUGCAAAUGGAUCUUGAUCAAAUUGUGGAUGUGCUGAAAUACUCAAUCCAGCUGGAUGUGAUAAACGCUCGAGCUACUUAUAGUCGUGCGUAUGGUGGUGCACAUCCUGAUAUAUACUUACCACCUGAAGAUGGAGUAGACUCUGAAUCUUUAUCUGCUGGAGAACAGUCACCUAAGAAUAACCUCUCAGGUGAGGAAUCGCUUCCUAGGAAAGAAUGGUUGCUGUAUCUACCUAGAUGUUAUCAUCCUCUAUUGCUUCACCAACACAAGAAACGCAUAAGAAAGACGGAGGACGCUGUAAAAUAUCAUAAAACAGCGGAUACGGUAUCAGUAUCAGGGGCUCCGCCAAUCCCAGCUGAUUUUCAGAUCGUUAAGGGGACUAGAGUUGUGGUCAUUACCGGUCCAAACACAGGAGGUAAAACCAUUUGCUUGAAAUCAGUUGGACUCGCUGCUAUGAUGGCUAAAUCAGGUCUAUAUGUGCUAGCAUCUGAAUCUGCUCGCUUACCUUGGUUUGACAACAUCUAUGCUGAUAUUGGCGAUGAACAGUCCUUGCUGCAGUCACUUUCUACCUUCUCCGGUCAUUUGAAACAAAUAAGUGAGAUUAUCUCGCAUUCAACGAGCAGAUCACUUGUGUUGUUAGAUGAAGUUGGAGCAGGAACAAAUCCGCUUGAAGGAGCUGCAUUAGGGAUGGCAAUUCUCGAAUCUUUUGCAGAGAGCGGUUCUCUGCUCACGAUGGCAACUACACAUCACGGAGAGCUUAAGAUGCUUAAAUACAGCAAUUCUGCCUUUGAGAAUGCUUGCAUGGAGUUUGAUGACCUCAACUUAAAACCCACUUUCAAAGUAUUAUGGGGAGUACCAGGUCGUUCAAAUGCAAUAAACAUAGCCGAAAGAUUGGGGCUUCCAUGUGAGAUCAUCAACAGUGCUCGUGACCAGUAUGGCUCUGCAAGUACUGAGAUCAAUGAGGUCAUACUUGACAUGGAACGGUACAAGCAAGACUAUCAGAGGCUUUUAAACGAGUCACGCCGUUAUAUAAGGAUCUCAAGAAAGCUUCAUGAGAACCUACUUACAGCAGAAAAGAACAUUAACAACCAUGCCACUAGAGAAAGACUAAAGAUGAGACAAGAACUGAUUCAGGCUGGAUCAAUGGCUCGUUCUACACUUCGCAGAACAUUGCAACAGAUUCGUGCAUCUGCUGCACAAUCUUCUCGGACAAAGGUAGCUACACAACUCCAAACCCAAGUCAAAACGACCAAGGAUGGAGAUAACGUUACUCGUUCACCAUCAUCUCUGGUAGCCAGACGACCAAUUUCUGAAGAUGCAGGGAGUGCGAAGCUUCCUGAAGUCGGUGACUCUGUGUUUGUUUCUUCUCUGGGCAAAAAAGUGACUGUAUUGAAGGUAGAACAGUCAAAGAAAGAGAUCUUAGUUCAAGUAGGCAUCAUGAAGAUGAAAGUGAAGCUGACUGAUGUUGUGGCCUGAAUCUCUUUAUUGUGAUAUUAGGAAACAUUACCUGUUUAUUGCAAUAUACACUGUUUUACAUAUGGUAAAGAAGGUCUGUACAUAAUUGGUUAUUGACAUUACACAUUAGUUUAUGUUUUUUUUAUAUUUACUCUGAAGCUUCUCUC